ACUUGAUAAAUAACUUAAUCUAGCAGUAGUAAUUGACAGUUAUUGUCUUAUUUAGACAUGCAGAACAAUAAUCUAAGUACAUGUAAAUGCGAUACCAAUAACUUCCUCAUUAAUUGUGUUUAAUUGCGUACUCUCAAAAUCAAAUAUGAACGCGAACGAAAAGAAAGUAAUACGGCAUAAUUUUGAUUACUUGAUGAAAAAUUUGAUUCCUCUGGAAAUAACAGGAAUUCUUUUCCAAGAAAAUUUACUUUCAAGAGAACAGUUCGAGGAAUUAGACGAAAUUCAAAGAACAACUAGUCACAAAUGCAAGCGACUGCUUUUGUUCAUAACGGCGGAAGACAGCCGGUGUACAUUUGGUGGUUUUCUGAAAGCAUUAAGACAUAAAGGAGUUUUCAGUUUCGUCGCGGAUAAGCUUGAAUCGGACUUAAUCGCAGACGAUGGAAAUAUAGAAGAAACAACGCAAGGAAAUCAGGACAAAUAUUCGGAUGAUGAAAACAAAGGAAAGACAAACGAUAUUAUUUUGGAAACGGUCAGAAAAAUAGAAACCCACACUUCGACAAAAAGGAGAAUGACAAUGUUUUCGCAUAAACUCAAGAAACUUCCGCAUGAUGGACACUUAGAACAAUUUCAUGACCUCCGUGUAGCUAUAGAAAGAAAAUAUAAGAAGUUCAAACUUGAUGCCAAUAGGCCAAUUCUGAAAAGGAUGGAGCUGGCGGACAUGAUGUUUGUUUCGCUGGACAUUGGCAUUGAGGCAAAACGUCUGCAGUAUCAAACUGAGUUAGGUUCGGGUGAUGUGUUCGAACAAAUGCAAGCGGUGAUACCGUACACGAGUGACCCGGUGUUAAGCAGUAUGACCUUCUGUGCCAGGUUCGGUUCGGCUGUUUCCAUGACAACGACUCUGGACGAAGGUCUUGCGCACCUGCAGUUCGCCAAACAGCACGCGGAGAGGGUGGUUCCCGGCAAGGACACGGGGAUGGUCUUCUACAUAGAAACCAACCUAUUAUUCCAGAAAUAUGCACACAGUCCUACAGAAACGCUGAAAGGAGAAUUGCUCAACACCAUUGAUAAAGGCAUAAGCCAGUUUAAUGAGGAAAAUGAAGGUAUUAGGCGAGAUUAUCUGAGAAUGUUUUUAAUCAAGAUGGUUUACUGUCGGUUAGGUUUGGGCUUGUUUGGGGAAAGGUUAGAAAAUGUUGAAACGACGGAAGAAGAUAUUAAAACUGCGAAAGGGGCUAUAGAUUUUAUAGAAUCCGGCGAAAUAUGGGACGGUAUGGAGAAACGGAGAAUGAUGCUAUUUCUGGUCGGGAAGGCGGAAUAUCAUAGAAGGGAUGGGAAUAUAGAUUUAGCCAUGGUUCAUGCCACAGAAGCGGAAAAACUUGCCCGGGAAAAUAACUGGUCUAAGGAAUUACCAAAUAUCAGUGAACUUAUUUCCGAACUGACAGCUAGCCCUAAUAACAAACGUGAACAAUAUGAAAUACAGAAAGCUGAUCAAGGUGUUGGGGAAAUGAUUCAGGAGCUUUUAGGAGACGAUUAUUGCGAGGAUGACCCUACUUAAAGGCCUAGUUUAAGGAAUGUUUAGCAUGAUUAUCCCCUCUUGUGCAUCAACCUGGUUAUUGUACUGGUGUCACAAUAGGGGCCAUUUCCAUUGUAUUAGUUUAUUGGCUAAGGUCCAUUUAGGGCUGAUACUUUAAAGGCCUAGAUUAAGGAAUGUUUGGCAUGACAAUUCUUUGCUGUGCGUCUCCUGCUAAUUGCACUGAUGUCACAGUAGGGGCCAAAUUCCUGUUUAUUUGUUAAUUGGCUUAGGGCCAUUUAGAGUCCAUUUCAAUAAUAAAAUCUCUAAAACUGCACAGCAGGAUAUUCAGAUCAGAGAUCUGAUAAGACAGAAUUGGGAAUUAAAUUAAGAUCAAUACACAGAGGUUGUGUACAAUACAAGUUUUGUUGUUGCACUUUUUUUUGUUUUUGUUUGUUGUUGUU